AUGCAAAUUCAGUUGGGCAAUCGUCAAAAUGCAUUGCAUCCACUUUCUCGCACAGCUGCCGGAAUAAAAUUACCAAUGACCCCACUGCGCAGCGAUCGACCGAUUAGGAUUAUUUUUGGCCAAUCGAAAAGUUUUGCAUACCGGUGCUCGUGUGACAAAUUAUCCGGUGAUCAAAUCAUUUUCAACGCGUUUUUGGGCACAAUGGGGGAGCCGACCAUAGGUUCUUCUUUCAUGAGUGCAUUUACAAUAAGAGGGGCGCAAAAAAACCUUUUUUAUUCGGGAUUAGCGCAAAGGGAACUCCGAGUCAACUCAUCAAAGCCAUCAUUUUCCACAGGUGGGAAGUCUGUGUUUUGUACAUGUGAACGGGUUGGCACCUGGAAAUCAGAAGUCGAGACCACAACAGGUUUUGAACCCCAAAAAGCACCGAGCCCACUUGAACACGCAUUUAACCAUCACCAAUGGUCAAGAUCGAUAACGGAAUGUGCCCGCCCAGGUUUACCCGAUUAUGCUAUUUUUGGUUGGGCACAACCACCCUUUAAUGACCAUCUUGCCGAGAAUAUUACCAAGGACGCGGCGAAAGAUUCGUGUUUCAUUCUCACCAUUCCAUCUUACACAUGCUUGCGAACACCGGUUCCCCCAUUUGGCGGUUCCAAUAAAGCGUUGGUCGAAUCAAUUGCUUUUUAA